UGAAGGACGGUUCAAUGGCGAGAAGUCCGUAGUAUGACAGUCUGUAGAUGCCAAACAUGGUGACCGAAACUCGUGUUCUUGCUGCCAUUACGGCGAUAGUGGUAUUAGAGAUCAUCGCGUUUGUUGUAACAAGACAUAAGUACACCAAUGUUACCAACCGCGCGUACACCAACACGCCAUCAAGUACCAUAAGGGUUGACACCCAAAUGUCCGUCGAGGCAGUACGGAACGUCGAAGCCCGAGUCCAAUGUACCCCAACUACGAACGUUGUAUUUAUAAAAACACAUAAAACCGGAAGUACCACUGUGGCAUCCAUUAUUGAAAGGUUUGGAUACCUAAAGAAUUUGUCGUUUGUCGUACCGCCAAGUAGAAGAUAUGGACCCCAUAUAUUAUCAAGUAAUCAGUUGUUCACCCAGAAAUUGAUUAAAAAAUCUCCCCCACCUUUAAAUGGCGGGAAAUAUUACAACAUGUUGACAAAUCACGUGGGCUAUAAUCGUCCUGAAAUGGAGGCUGUUAUUCCUAAUGCAACCUACGUCACUAUAAUACGUCACCCCGUACAACACUUCGAAUCCUCGUUCGCAUACUUUCAGUGGAAAGGGGUCGUUACGAAGGCACGCAAAAACGUUAGCGAUCCAAUUGCGACAUUCAUGGAAACUCCGGAGGAAUUCCUAAAAAGUGGUUUCUAUUUUUCUUGGCAAUCGCACAACGGACAGCUUUAUGAUCUUGGCUUUCGACCAGAGGCAAAUAGCACUAUUGAGGAGUUGGUGGAAAGAAAAAUUAAUGCCUUGAACGAGGAGAUGAGUGUUGUUCUUAUAAUGGAGUAUUUUGAUGAAUCAUUACUCAUUUUAAUGAAGACACUUUGUUGGACCAUGGACGACAUCCUUUACUUACCAAAAGGCGUGAGGAAACAAUCACUACACCGGCAGAUGUCAAAUGAGACCAGGGAGAAGAUUCUAAGAUGGAAUGAAGCAGAUGUGAAAUUAUAUACACAUUUCAACAGAACGCUAUGGAAAAAAAUUUCUGAAUAUGGUCCCACGUUUGAGAGUGAUUUACAACGUUUUCGAACCAAACAGUUAGAUAUUAAGCAUGAAUGUAUCGACUCUAGCGGGGUGUUUAAAGGGGACGCGCGCGAAAGUAGAAAUCCGUUAAAGAAUAAUGCAACCGAAUUUUGUAACAACCUCUGGUACGACGAUGUCACUUUCACCGGAUUGAUAAGAGAUAGACAGUUAGGCGGCAAAUGA